AUGGCCCCGCGUUUCUCCGAGCUUCGCGAGGCGCACAGUGGCGGCGAAAAUGUGACGCAUGUCGAUCUGGCGAUAGCACCCGAUGGAAAAGAGUUUGCGACGUGCUCGAAAGACGGCUCCGUGUGGGUGUGGAAGAUCGAUUCGUUCAACGACCUCGAGCCACCCGCCAUCCAUGAAGUGGCUGAUGGGACGCAUUCGACGCUUUGCUGGCGAGAGCACCUCUACAUGGGUGUCACGACAACCGACCUCGUAACGAACAUCGAGAAGAGAUCGCUUUCGAGACUUUCUGCCGAUCCCAUGAUGAUUGACAAGACGCUAAUGCUGUUCGCGAUGGAGAUUAACUCGAUCGACGUUUCGAAAGAGUACAUUGUUGCCGUUUGUAGCGAUUGCACUCUCAAGAAGGCUCCACUCGCGGACACGACGAACUACGAGAAGAUCGAAUUCGACGGUCAGCCGCUCUCCGUUGCGAUCGAUCCAUUGGAAAAGUUUGUUGCUGUGACGUGUACCGAUGGAACACUCUCUGUUUACCCGGUCGUCGGCAUUGAUCGGCUUGCGCACUUCGAACGCCUCUUCCGAUCGUUUGGAGAUAUUGGGCCUCGCCACACCCGUGCCCAAGUUCGAUGGUCUUCUGACGGGAGUUUCCUCUAUGUGGCCACUCAAGGAAGUGUCCGCGUGGUGAAAGUGGACGAAUGGGAACUAUUGAACGCACGAUUAUCUUCUGAUGAACUUAAAGAGGAAAUCUUCUCUUCACUUGCUUUGUCGACUUCGGGAAAGUAUCUUGCUGCGGGGACAUUGAAUGGGAAAAUCUGCAUUUGGGAGACCGCCACCAAGAAACUCAUCACCAUGACCGAACAUCGGCACAAGGGAAGCUUGAUGGCGAUCUCGUCAUUAGCGUUUGACCCAGCGAAUGACUCGAAUCUAUGUAUGGCCGAUAUUAAGGAAGGUGUUUCAAUCCUCUAUCAAGCUCUCGAUAAAAAGGAAGUCCCAGCACCGACAAAUUUCUCACGAGUUCAAGCGGAUCUAUCUGAUGAUGAAGACAAUGUGAUCACUCGACCAAGACGGAGCAAAUUUCUUGCCGACGAGGCCAUGGGAAGUGGUGGCAAUUCACCAUCCGCCAACUUCGGCAAUGAGGAUGAAAAUACAAGAAUGUCUGUCGAUUUGGGUGCCAUCAAGCGACAAUUUGGGCAAUUCGACAAUCUCGAGGAUGACAUCGACUCUCGGGAAAUGACUAUGGGGCGAUCGAACUACAAUCAGCAACCAGUCUACUCCGGUCCACCGGUCGUCACGUUCAAGCCACCAAUCUUGCCGAAAUACUUUCCUUCAGGCGGUGUUCCCGAGAGAACCACAGACGGACACAAACAUAAAAAUCGAUAUUUGAAAUGGAAUCGUUUCGGGGUGAUUCGCUAUUUGAAGAACGAUGAUGGAUGUCUGAUUGAGAUUGAGUACCAUGAUGUGUCGAUUUCCUCAGAGAUCAGCAUUCCAAACGACGAGACAAAGUACACGAUGGGUGAUUUGUGCGCGAAAGCGAUCGUUUUGGCGAAUCGACCGAAAAAGGAGGAUCAGAGCAGUGAACUUCUUGUCAUCAACUUGUUAACUUGGGAUCGCGAGAAGACCCGUUGGAAUGUAAAAUUGCCAGUCGGAGAGAUUGCGGUCGAUGUUCUUGUCACCGAUACGCUAAUUGCCGCAUUGACUGAAAAGGGAAACAUCCGAGUGUUUUCAUUGGAAGGAACUCAACGACAAAUCAUCUCGCAUGCAGGUGUACUUUCUACGUCGGCGGCCUUUGGUGACACUGUUGCGAUCGUCUCGCCUUUCGGUGGCCCACAAUGGAUGGAGGAUGAAUCGGAUGAAGUUGUACCUUUCUAUGCAUACCAAGUCACCAUUUACGACAUCAAACAGCGCAAUUCGCACCUUUCCGAUGUGCCUUUGUCGAAGACGGUGCCACUACCGGUGGGAAAGCCAGGUGGAAAGGUCUUCUGGAUGGGUUUCACGAAUCGCGGCAAUCUCGUUUCGAUGGAUUCAUCGGGAUGUGUUCGUUUGCUUUCACCAUCGGAUUUGUGGAUUCCGAUUUUCGAUGGAGCCGCUCGGUUGAUGUCCAUUUCGGAUUCGAUCUGGCCGAUUUCGAUUAUCGAGACGCCGAAGUGUGAAAUAAGAUAUGCCUAUUGUCGUGGCUCGAAGGUACCGUUGAUGGAGAUGCGCUUAGUGCCGACCACCGACAAAUGGGAACUUCCGGUGUGUGACAAAGGGUCGGACAAGACGAAACUUGAGGGAGAAUUGUUGUUGAACGAGCUGAAGAUGACACUGAAUGGAAUAGUUGGAGAGGAUAGUCAGACAUUGAUCAAUGAGCACUCGAAAGCACUCAUCCAGCUCUUCACUCUUGCACUAAAGAUGGAACGAGAGGGACGAGCCGUCGAACUGACGCAAUUCUCCGUCUCAUCAAAAGCCGUUCAAGCGCUCAUUAAAUAUGCCGCCAAACAAAAUCGGGGUUUCCUUGUUGAUAAGCUUACCACUCUCGGAAACGAGCUGCAAGAGAAAAAUGAAGAGGAUGAGGGAAGAAGACGACCAUCGACCAUUUCAAGGCCAGCACCGGUUUUGGUGGAGACAAGACAACGAGAUGCGGAUGAAAUUCGAGGAUUUCCGGAGAUUGGACCGAAAAAGGUGGUGCUAAAGAAAAGGGAAUCUGCGUUUUCUGGUGAGGCGACACUCAUGGCAUUGAAUCGAAGCCGACAGCCACAACACCAAGAAGAUGGAGAAAAUGAGAAGCAUUUGGAUGAGGUUACUCAACACACCGACACGACAUUAAACACCCAGGCACCCGUCCCGUACACCGAUACGCCAAAAGCGAACCCGUUUUCAAAGAAUGGUGACUUCACACAGCCUCCAUCAUCGGCCAAUUCGUCCCUCUUUGAGCAACUCGAUUCACCGUGGGAUCGCAAGAGAGCAAGAGAUAAGGAGACUCCAAGCAGCACCCCGCAGCCUAAACAAGCGCGACUUGCUUUCGGCUCGUCGAACAAGGAAAACGCCGGUGCUUAUGGAAAGUGGUAUUCGGCAAACGAGGUAAGACUGCGAAAAGAUUUCCGCGGUGAGGAGAUCGAUUUCGAGAAAUUCUGCGCUCAAAGCUUCCGCAUGCUGACACCGGCUCAGAAAAAGGAGUGGAAAGCUCGAGUCGAACAAGAG